AUGAUUCAAGAAAGCGGCGGGAACCAACGACUGUCGGUACUUAAUCAGCGGCCCUCGAUCUUGAGCGGGCCAGACCUUCUCCACGAGCUUGUACGUCCACUUGAUCACGAUGCAACUGCUAUCGAUUUCCUGGAAUAUGGAUCGAAAAGGCGGAAGUUCUCCUACAAGGACUUGCAUAGUCUGAGCGAUGCCCUGGCUGGCAGUAUCACAGAAAGACUGGCAAAGCUCGAAAGUGCCUCGCCUGUCAUUCCGGUCUUCCUACCACAGUCCCCAGAACUGUAUAUCGUUCUUUUGGCCAUCUUGAAGGCGGGAAAGGCAUUCUGUCCUCUUAAUCUCGAUACACCUACACAGCGGCUGAAGUUUAUCCUCGAUGAUAUUUCCGCCGACCUGCUCAUCACAUCUUCGACUCUAGAUGAGCGGAUACGAGCAGCGAUCAAUAUCGAUGUAAUCUCGGUUGACAAAGAACUCUGCGACCGCGAGGACCAGCCUAUAAUCGAUUUGCGGCGACCAAACACCAAGGAUCUGGCCUAUGUACUAUACACCUCCGGCUCUACCGGGAAGCCAAAAGCUGUCAGCGUAACUCAUCAUGCAGUUACCCAGAGAGCCAUCAACAAUCUAGAGGUCGAUGCAGCUGAACUUACGCCAACAGUCGUGAGCAACCUUCUUCAAGGCAGGUCCAGCGUGCCCGGACUCAAACUGUUACUUACCAUCGGUGAGAUGCUCACCCAACACGUCAUUGAUGAGUAUGGUGGCGACGAAACGAAGGAAAGUAUGCUAUGGGCCAUGUACGGGCCGACUGAAGCCUCGAUCCACUGCACGCUGCAGCCACAGUUCUCGACACAUUCGUCAACUAGCAUCAUAGGUCGUCCCUUGGAUACUGUUUCGGCUUUCAUAAUCGCGCCCAUGAAUGAAGAACGACCAUCGGCCGACAUCGAGAUACUGAGUUCCGGAGAAGUUGGUGAACUAGCCAUUGGAGGACCUCAGGUUGCCGAAGAAUAUUUAAAUCGCCCAGAUCUCACUUCUGCAUCGUUCAUCGAACAUCCGGAACAUGGUCGCUUAUAUCGUACCGGCGAUCGCGCAAGAAUCAACCGCCACGGCGUCUUGGAAUGCUUGGGUCGUGUCAUUGCUGGUCAAGUAAAGCUUCGAGGGCAACGGGUUGAGCUCGGCGAAAUUGAACAAGCUAUUAUGAGGAUACAGAGCUGUCGGACAGCAACCGUAAUCAUUGUCGAAGAGUCUUUGGUUGCCUUUUGCGCUGCCGACUCGAGCGAAGUCACCCGCGCAGAUGUCCUCGCUACCUGUAACCAAUGGCUUCCGGCAUUUAUGAUUCCAUCACACGUAUACUUCAUCGAUACAAUGCCGCAGUUACCGUCGGGAAAGAUUGACAAAGACUCUCUUGCAAAAACACAUCUUCACAAGACUAACUCUACUGGACUGUCCACGUCUACCACCAUAUCCCCAGGCGAUCAUGUGAGCCAAUCAGUCCUGGAAACCGUUGGUCGUCACAUCUCUCAAGACCUUGGAUCAGAUACCAACCUUAGCUCUGCUGGCCUGGAUUCCCUUCGAGCUAUUCGCAUAGCGUCUGCGCUACGUCGACAAGGAUUCGUCCUAGGAGCCAUGGAAGUACUAUCUGCGAGAACGUUGAGCGAUCUCGUUGCGAUAUGUAGAGGUUCUACACAAAGCGCUAAUCGGCAUAAUCCGACGUAUCACUCUGCGAAGAUGACCGGCAUCGUAGAGAUCCCUCAGCUCAAGCGAUGGAAGAAUGAUAUUGCAUCCGUGAUACCCUGUACUCCAUUGCAGGAAGCCAUGCUUGCGGAGACGAUAUCCAGGCCUACUGCCUACUGCAACUGGAUCGAAGUUGAGCUAUCAGUUGCGCGGACGUAUGAAGAUAUCCGAAACGCCCUCGACUACUUGGCCAGUAAGAGCGAGAUCCUGCGUACCGGCUUCGUUGCGGUAUCACAGCACGCAGGAACGUUCUCGCAGAUUAUUUGGAGAGCAUUACUGCCAUCACAGAUUCAGGAAGUUGAUGUCUUUUCGAGGUCUUACUCAAUGAGCUCCGAUGAAGACUUUCUUCGUCCCUUACACGUACAAGUUAUGUCGAUAUCUAGACGACCUCGUCUCUUGUUCCGCAUACAUCAUGCACUGUACGAUGGCUGGUCAUUCGAUCUAUUGCUCCACGAUCUCGACACACGGUUGCGUGGAGAGGAGACAGUAUCGCGGCCACAAUUUCGUGAUGUAGUCCAGUACUUCACUGAACUUAGGCCGGAGGAUCAAGAAGUACCCAAGAGCUACUGGAGUAGUCUCCUCAAUGGCUACCUUCCGGUGGCCCUCCCUAAUUACCAUGGAAAGCUCGUUCGCGACCCGGCGACACAUCACUUUUCGGGCCGUUCUGCUAUCAACAGAUCCAGACUAUUCCAGCGAGCUCAGGAGAUGGCUGUCAACCCCCAGGUUUACUUCCAAGCGGCUACUUCGUACAUACUCAGCCUUUAUAGCGGCACAAACGAUAUAGUUCUUGGAAACGUUACCUCAGGGCGGACCAUUCCCAUCGCUGGUGUUGAGGAUGUUAUCGGCCCAUGCAUCGCAACCGUCCCUUUCCGCAUAAAUCUCAGUAAAACGCUCGACAUUCAUGAUCUAUUGCGUACGACCCAAGCAUUGAAUAGAGAAUGUCUGAGCCACAGCACCCUUCCUUUCCGGGACAUAGUGAAGGCGGGAAAUAUCCCACCUGGGACACGACUCUUCGACGUUCUGUUUGUAUGGCAACAGUCAAUCAUCUCCGACUCAAGCUCGUCGCUCGCUUCAAGAGUCAUCGAUAGCGCGGACGAUCUGGAAUUUAGGCUUACGCUGGAAUUCGAGCCGCGCGAAGACAACAUAUUUUUCCACGCUACCUACGACGCCUCAACUAUACCGGAGCAUCAGAUGAAGUAUCUCUCUCGUCAGAUCGACGAGAUAGUGAAUCUGCUCUUAUCGAAUGCCAACCAUGGCAUCGAUGCCAUGAAACGAUGCUUCACCACGCCUUCCUUGUCAAUUGCCAACCCCACGCCUCGACAGCAAACGAUAGAGCAUGGUCCUGCUCAUGCGGUAGAACAAUGGGCCCUGAAGGAUCCGCGAAGGUCAGCUCUCAAAUUUGCUCGCGUCAGACGUGGUGUCGUGGAAGUAGAAGAGGUGGCGACCUAUGGUCUGCUCAACACACGCGCUAACCAAUUUGCCCGUGUCCUCGCCGAUCACGGCGUAGGCGACGAUCAAUUGGUUUGCAUAAUGAUGGAAAAGUCCAUUGAUCUUUACAUCUGUAUCCUUGCUGUGCUCAAGCUUGGUUGCGGAUAUCUACCGAUAGUCCCUGAUACGCCGAUCGACAGAGUCAGAAGCAUCCUGGACGACGCGCAAGUAACGGUAUGCGUUUCCGACACAACAACUGCAACAGGCAUUCGAAAUCAUCUUCUCGUCGAUAUAAUUGAGUUCAACACCCCUCAUCUUGCGAAACAAUUUGAUCAGAACCUGGAGGUGCCAUAUAGCGGACAGCAUCUCGCCUAUGCUGUAUUCACUUCCGGCAGCACUGGAGCGCCCAAGGGAGUUCUCGUUACCCAGGAUAAUCUCAUGAGUAACUUGCAGUACCUUUCAACUAUAUACCCCGUUCAUGCAGGCUCAUGUUUGCUUCAGUCUUGCUCGCAAGCAUUUGAUGUCAGUGUUUUCGAGAUUUUCUUCUCAUGGCAUGUUGGUAUAUGCCUAUGCACGGCAACGAAAGACGACUUGUUUCACGACUUUGAGGCCGCCAUCAACUGUCUGGGCGUCACACAUCUAAGUUUGACGCCAACAGUUGCAGCAUUGGUAGAUCCAGUGAAUGUUCCGAAAGUCGAAUUCCUGGUGACUGCUGGAGAAGCUUUGACGGAACAUGUUCGAAGAAGGUGGGCAGGCAAAGGCUUGUACCAAGGCUACGGUCCUUCUGAGACCACAAACAUAUGCACUGUACGGGCGGCGGUAACUCCGGAUGAUCUCAUCAACAACAUCGGUAUGCCUUUCGAUAACACUUCAGCCCUCGUGCUCGAUCCCGAGAGCGAGGCAAUUCUCCCCCUCGGUGCCGUAGGUGAGCUUUGUUUCGGAGGUUACCAGGUUUUCCGUGGCUAUCUGAACCGACCAGAGCUGAAUGCCGCCAAGAUCAUCAACCACUCCACCUAUGGCAGGAUAUACCGGUCAGGCGAUACAGGUAUACUACUCCCGGAUGGUUCCAUACUUUCCAAAGGCCGUAUGGAUGAUCAAGUCAAAAUCCGUGGUCAGCGUGUCGAACUCGGUGAGAUAACGUCAGUGAUGCUCGAUCAUCAGGCAGUGCAAGACUGCGUCACCCUUCUCCUACCGCGUUCCGACGAUACUCAAACACUGGUAGUGUUCUGGGUACCCAACGGAGCUGCAUUUGACUCCUUCCAAUGUUUGACGCCUAUGGAGUUUGAAUCGGUGAAAUCGGAUCUGUCUGAUCUGCUAUCGCGUCGCCUGCCUUCGUACAUGGUUCCCUCGCAUCUCGUUCCCGUUUCGCGCCUUCCCAUGACAAUGCAAGCCAAGAUCGACAAGGCUCUCCUUCAACGCACAUUCUGGGACUUAGCGGAAGAAGAACAGGUCGCCUUGCAAUGGACGCAGGAUGAUGCAAAGGCGGAGGUCUUCUCGCCAUGGGAGAAAGCCGUGGCCGAGGUUCUUUCAUCCACACUGAACACCUCACCGGAAGGAAUACAGCGGACGUCGUCAUUCUUCAGCCUGGGUCUAGAUUCGGUUUCAGCUAUACGCUUCUGCAACGGACUUCGAAAACAAGACUUGGGUGACUUCUCCAUCUCUACAGUGUUGAAGAACGCUUCAAUCGCUCGUCUCGCAUCUGUCUGUCCACUGCAUUCGCGCCCUUCGACUCGAGAAACGACCAGGCCUAAUACCGUCAGCCUAGACAAGUUCUUGAGCUCAGAAGAAGUGUCUCGUGUUCUUGCGCGUUACAAUCAAAGCGAAUCACAGGUGGCUAAGAUCCUACCGUGCACACCACUUCAAGAGGCUAUGCUUUCAAGCGGCCAGCCGUCCUCACAUUCGGCGUACUGCAACAUAAUGCUUUUCGACGUCAAAGGAGACGUCUCCCGGUUGCAGGAGUCCUGGGAGAGUAUGUUACGGCGACAUGAGAUCCUUCGCACAUGUUUCGUUGCUACUGAAAACCCGUCAUUCGCCUUCACGCAAGUUGUGCUACGCGAUACCGACUUGAAAUGGCAUCACUACAGCACCCUGGAUGGCCUACCGCCGCGUAUAAACAGUGUUAUUUCUGAACAAGUAGCAGCCGAAAGCCCUCCGAUUCACCUCGCGUUGAUACAAGACGAACGAUCAACAAAGCUACUUUUUGGCUGCCAUCAUGCGCUCUACGACGGCAUUGCUAUCUCUACGCUCAUUCAGGAAGUACAAGACACGUAUCACGGCAUUAAAAUUCCGCCGCCGGUGUCUUACGAUGUGUAUCUGCAGUACAUGCUACAGCAAGACUAUGCAGAGGGCGACAACUAUUGGGCCACUCUAUUGAGCGGCUUUGAGCCUACAAUCUUUCCCAGUCUUACCGGCAAAGAUUUAAGAGCCCAAGGAAACCCUGCAUCUUCAUCGAAAUGUCUACAACUACCACUCUCCACCAUACGCACAGCAUGUCAAGACAUGUCGCUGUCAUUACUGUCGGUAGUGCACGCGGCUUGGGCCAAGCUUCUGCACUUCUAUACGGGUGAAAACGACAUUUGCUUCGGAAACGUCGUUAAUGGACGCAAUAUCUCCGGAGACGACCUUGAUCGCAUCGUUGCUCCUUGCUUCAACACCCUACCCGUCCGCAUCAUUCUCGAUCCUCAGCAAAAUAAUGCCGCUUUGAUGCGCCUAGCCCAUUCUAUAAGCAUCGAGUCGCUAGCUCAUCAGUUGACACCGCUCCGUCGCAUACAAGGCACUGCACUCCGGGAAGGCGGCCGUCUUUUUGACAGUUUGGUGAUACUCCAGCAGCCGAAAACAACUUUGGACUCUACUAUCUGGACACUCGAACAAGAUCUGGGUGACAUGGAUCUACCCAUCGUAUGCGAGCUUAUUCAAGAUCCGGUCCGGAAUACUCUAGAGUUAUCGCUGCACUACCAGACAUCCCUGUUGUCUGAGAGGGAAGCUCGGCUGGUCAUGGAAACAUUUGACACCUGCAUCUCAUCGUUGCUUGCAUUCCCGGGAAUGAGUUCUUCCGACAUAAGCACACUGCCAGCUCACCUUCGAGCAGAGUCCAACAUGGGUUAUGAGCAAUGCCAAACCGACGCGGUCUUGCUACAUUCAGGUUUCGAGCGCAUAGCGGCAAUGCACCCUGACCGUAUCGCCUUGGAAUAUUUGCUUCCAGAUGGUGGCAAGACAGUUUGGUCUUUCGCGACUUUAAAUGAAAAAGCCAACUCUGUUGCACACGCGCUCAUUAGGCAAGGGGUUGGUCCAGAUGACAUCGUCCCCAUUCAUAUGCUGAAGGGCCCUUGUUUCUAUGCAAGCAUUCUAGGAGUUAUGAAAGCUGGGGCUGCUUUUGCACCAGUAUAUCCAGGACUGCCCGAAGCACGCAGACGGAUUAUGUUCCAAGAGUUGAUGCCAAAGCUUGUGCUUUGCUCGGAUGCCUCGACACUGCCCGAUCAUCUAAUCGAAGCGAGGAUUGUCAAUGCUGAAGCAAUACCAUCUGUGCCGCAUCAUAAUCCUGUCAUUGACGGCCUCUCGAACACAAAUUUAGCGUAUUGUUUGUUCACCUCUGGCUCUACAGGCGUACCGAAAGCGGUCAGCAUGGAACAUCGCGCUCCUGUCCAAACCAUCGCAAGCUCAGAUUCCCGUAUUCCCUGGAACCCUUCUUCACGACUGCUACAAUAUGCGGCUGUAACUUUCGAUAUGUGCUACUACGACUGUUUCUUGGCUUGGACCCAUGGGUUCACGCUCUGUGCCACUGACCAGAAUGACUUGUUGAACGACCUACCGAAAGUCAUCAACUCUUUGCAGGUCACCUUGCUCGACCUGACGCCUUCAGUAGCGGUUUCUCUCAAAAGAUCUGAUAUACCGAGCGUCAAGUGGUUGUACUGCAUCGGAGAAGCCAUGGCACACGCUAUCGUCAAGGAGUGGGGCGAUUCAUGCGUCAACUCUUACGGACCUACUGAAGCUGCAUUCUGUACGACAAUAAGCCCUGUUUCAGAAAAGGGUCGUGUUUCAAUUAUCGGCAAACCCUUCCCAAGCACAUCCUUCGCAAUCUUCUCGGCAAGAGGUAAAUCGAUCUUGCCUGUGCUGAGCACCGGCGAACUAUACAUUGGAGGCGCACAACUCGCACGAGGCUACCUCGGCAAUCCCGAUCUGACAAGCGAACGAUUUGUCAUUUGGGGUGGGCAACGCUUUUAUAAGAGUGGAGACCUGGCGAGGAUGCUCAGUGACGGCAGUUUCGAAUUCGUAGGACGCACGGACGAUCAGGUCAAGAUACGCGGGCUUAGGAUAGAACUCGGCGAGAUCAACCAUGUCCUCCAGAAUGCUCAUCCAGAUGUCGCGUUUGUCACUACACAGAUCUUGAAAAAGCAGGAGACAGACAGGGACCAACUCGUGGCAUUCUUGAUUACGCAUGGCAAGAUCGAAGAGAGCGAGCUCAAAACGAUUGCAAGCAGCCGGCUACCGUCGUACAUGGUACCCCAGUUCUUUGUCUUCGUCGACGAGAUUCCGAGAUCAAUGGCUGGGAAAAUUGACAAGAGAGCGUUGACAAGCAUAUUCCGAGAACACAUCGGCACCGAGUUGCUAACUAAUGGGUUUCAGCAUGGCUCAGGUCAUCAAUGGACACAAGUUGAAACCGAGGUGAGGGACGUUUUUGCGCGACUGUCUGAUGCUUCGCAAAAAGAGAUCACACCAACAACCUCCAUUUACCAGCUCGGUCUUGACAGCAUCAGCGCAGUUCAAAUCGCUGCAGCACUUCGGAAGCAGGGUUACUCCGUGAGGGCUGCCGAUGUACUGAAUCACACCACAUGCGCCGAUCUUGCCGAGUUCAUUGGCCAGGCGAAGGCAUCGGAUGCGUUUGCACUUCCGCAUUUCAACUUUAGUGCUUUUGAAGGCAAGCACAAGGUGGGGAUACUAAGCGACCAUAGCAUCUAUGAUGGGGAUGUCGUAGCCGUUCGUCCUUGCACUCCACUCCAGAAGGGCAUGAUAUCGCAAUUCCUCGCGACAGAAGGAGCUGUGUAUAUGAAUCACAUCCGUAUGCAGCUGGAAGUGGAUACAGACCUCGAAAGGCUCAAGAAAGCGUGGGACAUGACGAGAGAACGCCAUACGGAUUCGCUCAGAUCGAAGAUCCGCUUCACGCCUUCGCGAUGA